CUAGAUUUGUUAUUAAUUAUGCGGUCAUACAUCAAAUCCAUGCUUGAGGGACCCCAGGGCUACAAGGGGCUCAUCCUGGACAAGGAAACGAUGCGAAUUUGCUCGAACCUGCAUGGACGGACAGAGCUGGCGGAGCAGAACGUUGUGCACGUGGAGUACAUAGAAAAGAGCGAUGGGCGAAGCCACUCGGAGCUCACGGCAGUUUGCUUCUUGCGGCCGACCCGCGAAAACAUCAUCUUCCUUAAGCGCGAGCUCAAGUCCCCGCGUUACCAGCACUACCACCUCCACUUCACCAACCUGCUCAACUCGGUCAGCUCCAUGUUCCUGCAGGAGCUUGCGGAAGCGGACGCGGCCGGGGAGAGGGUGAUGGAGGUGCAGGAGGACUAUGCGGACUUCCAGGUUCCCGACCCGCACCACUUCGUGAUUCCCGUGCCCCGAAAUGAGCUGUUCUUCGCUGUACGGCAGCAGGGGGCGGCGCCGUCGGCGGCGGAGUACGAGCUCAUCGACCGAUGUGUGCAGGGUUUGUCGGCUGUGUUUCUGGCUCUGCGGCGGCGACCUAUUAUCCGCUACCAGAGGGGAUCGGAGCUGGUGGCCCAGCUGGCGAAGAGCCUACAUCUACUGACUUACAAACAGGAGGCGGCGGUGUUCGACUUUGGCGUGUCCCGCUCCGCCCCGCCCGUGGUGUUGCUGCUGGACCGGAGGGAUGACCCUGUCACGCCCCUGCUUAGCCAGUGGUCGUACCAGGCCAUGGUUCAUGAGCUGGUGGGUAUUCAGGAUAACCUGGUGAAGAUGACGAGUACGAAGGUUCCGGAGCAGUUCCGGGAGAUUGUGUUUGACGCCCGACAAGACGAUUUUCUCCGCCGCCACCUCUACCGCAACUUUGGGGAGGUCCUCCAAAACUCCAGGGUGGACAGUUUGGAGGACAUGCGCAGAUUCGUACUGGAACAUACGGACUUUCAAAGGCUGCAGGGCAACGUGUCCAAGCACGUGAACCUGAUGACUCAGCUCAGUGAGCUGGUUUCGGGGCGGAACCUGAUGGAAAUUUCCAUGGCUGAACAGGAGUUAGCUAACCCGGCCGCCAGCCUGACCUCCGCGACGUCCUUUGACGAGAUCGUACAAAUGAUUCGCGCGGCCACCACACAAGACGUAGACAAGGUGCGGUUGGCGGCGCUGUACGUGCUGCGGUUUGAGCCUGACACGCCGCGUGUACGGCAGUUGUUGGAUGCUCUGGCGGCUACUGGGGUGAAGGACAGAGAGCCUCGGCUGUACGCUGCCGCGGAAAACAUCCUGCGGUACGGCGGUACGGCACGCCGUGCAGGUGACUUGUACGGCAGUCGAAACUUGUUAUUGAAGGCGCGUAAUGUGCUCAAGGGGCUUCAGGAGGUGAUUGUGUUCAUACUGGGAGGGACCACGUACGAGGAAGCAAAGGCGGUGGCGGAGAUGAACGAGCGACAGGCGGCGGCCGC